CCGCCGCUCCCUCUCUCCCAUCGCUUCCGCCGCCGGCUCGGGCUGACCCGGGAGUGGAUCUUUGCAGCAGCCUGGCGGCGCUGGGCCCACGCCAAGGAAGCCACGGCCUCCGCACCUCCUGCCGGCCCGCUGCAAGCAAGGAUGAUCUCCCCGCAGGGACGAGGCGGGGACGUGGCCCGGUUCUACACGGUCACCGAGCCCAAGCGCCAUCCUCGGGGAUACACCCUGUAUAAGGUCACCGCGCGGAUUGUUUCUCGAAAAAAUCCAGAAGAUGUCCAAGAGAUAGUCGUUUGGAAGAGAUACAGUGACUUUAAGAAAUUGCACAAAGAACUCUGGCAGAUUCAUAAACACUUAUUCAGGCAUACAGAAUUGUUUCCUCCUUUUGCUAAAGCAAUAGUAUUUGGGCGAUUUGAAGAAAGCGUGAUUGAAGAGAGGAGACAGUGCGCAGAAGACUUGCUUCAGUUCUCUGCCAACAUCCCGGCGCUCUUUAACAGCAAGCAGCUUGAAGAUUUCUUUAAGGAUGGAGAAGUACAUGCUGGUUCUGAAUUGAUUGGCCCUGCAGAUCCUCUGUCGGAUUCCCUGACAGACAGCCUGUCGGUCUGCAGUUCUGAAGCUCGGAAGGAUGCCGGUCUCCUCGAUGACGUGACUCUCAGCCAGUCAGAGUAUGGAGGUUUCUCAAGCGACAGCGACCUGAUCUCUUUGACCGUUGAUGUGGACUCUCUUGCUGAGUUAGAUGAUGGAAUGGCAUCUAACCAGAAUUCCCCCAGCAGAUCCUUCAGCCUCAGCUUUCCCUCCGAACCGCUGGCGCAGGCCUCUGCCGUUUCGGACCACGAGUGGAGCAAACCCGAUGGCGAGAGGGAGAGCCGUGGCUUAUUCACUGGGAGCUUAAAGGCCAAGCUUGGCAGGCGAGACUACUUGGACAAGGCAGGGGAGCUGAUAAAGCUGGCCUUGAAGAAGGAGGAAGAGGAAGACUAUGAGGCUGCGUUUGGCUUUUAUAGGAAAGGAGUGGAUCUGCUCCUGGAAGGGGUGCAAGGGGAGUCAAGUCCAACACGCCGCGAAGCAGUGAAGAGGAAGACUUCGGAAUAUCUGAUGAGAGCAGAAAAAAUUUCAAGCCUCUAUUGUAAACCCUCUUCAGAAGAUGGUUCGGUUUCUGGACCUCCAGGAUCACUAAGUUCAAGGCCCUCUUGGAACCUAAGGAGCCCUGCCGAGGAACUGAAGGCCUUUAGAGUCCUUGGGGUGAUUGACAAGGUUUUGCUGGUAAUGGAUACUAGGACACAGCAGACAUUUAUACUGAAGGGUCUAAGGAAAAGUAGCGAGUACAGCAGGAAGAGAAAGACCAUCAUCCCCCGCUGUGUGCCCAACAUGGUGGCCCUGCACAAGUACAUCAUCUCGGAGGAGUCGGUCUUCCUUGUUCUGCGCCAUGCGGAAGGAGGCAAGCUGUGGUCUUAUAUCAGUAAGUUCCUCAACAGAAGCCCCGAAGAAAGCUUUGAAGACCCCAAAUCCAGAAGAUCAAGUUCUACCAAAAUACAUUUGCUCCAGGCAACUCCUAGCCCUCAAGAUAUUGGCAGUAGCAUUGACUCUAGAGGAAGCAAUGGUGGUAACAUGCUGAAGGUGUUGCCGCUGAAGACCAGUCUCACUCCAAGUUCUCAAGAUGGCAGUAGUAAUCAGGAAGAUGGCCAGGAAAGUUCUCUCAAGUGGAUUGAUUCGGGGUCCAGUUCAGAGGAAGAAUGCACUACAAGUUAUCUAACCUUAUGCAACGAAUAUGGUCAAGAAAAGGUCGACCCAGGAUCGUUAAAUGAGGAGCCUAUUCUGAAAACAGACGAUGGCGUUCUCAUUACCAAAGAACAGGGAGGCAUCAAGGCACGUGAUGAGCCUGCCAGUGGGAAUUUGGCUUCCCCAUUCACAUCUCAGGAAGUAAACUUUUUUGCUGACGACGUUGAUGAAGAAAUUGCUAGUCCCACCCGAAUAUCAGAAUCAUUAAGUAAAUCCAAGAACAGUCCCAUGGAAUUCUUCAGAAUUGACAGCAAAGACAGUGCCAGUGAACACCUGGGGCUGGAUUUUGGAGAUAAACUUUACAGCUUAAAAUCUGAGUCUUUGAAACAGUUUUUGUCCAUGCCAGAUCAGGAUAAGAGCCUCAAUGCCAUAGAAACAAAACUGGGCCCUGCCUACCAGGACACAAUCAGCAGGGGCUCCAAUGACUCAGUGCCAGUGAUCUCCUUCAAGGAUGUUGCCUUUGACGAUGUGAGUAGCAUGGAUGAAGGAAGACCUGACCUUCUGGUCAACCUGCCAGGCCUCAUGGAGCAAACGAAGGAGGCCACGGCAGACGGGCCGGCUAAGCUGGCGGAGCUGAAGGGUGACAAUUUGGAAAGCAAACUUUUGGAAACCCCUGACGUCUUGCAAUUGAAUAACAGCGCAGAGCAAUGCAGAGGAGGCCUUGAGCCAAAGGUGGACCAGGUGGUGGGAGAAGACACUCAGGAAGCGAUCAGGACAUUUCACAGAGCUGCUAGUGACCCAGUUGGCUCUGGGGAUAGGACUCUCUUUCGAGGGCUUGGAGCAGCCUCUGCAUCAUCACUGGACACAUUCAGUGAGCAGGGAAGGUUGCUGACUUCUAAGGCACAAGCAGAUGCUGAAGAACGUAGCUUAGAUUUGGACAAUGAAGCUGUUCUGCUGUUUUCUGAUCAGGCGGAAGACUUGAGUAAAGAGGAAACCGCCUCUGCUAUGUUGCACAAAGCAGAAUGCAAAGAGUCAGGUGCGAGGGGCAGAGGAGAGAAUGAGAUACACCAGAUAUUUCAGGACCUCGACGAGAGAUUAGCGCUAACCUCCAGAUUUUACCUCCCUGAGGGCUGCGUUCAGAGAUGGGCAGCUGAAAUGGUAGUAGCCCUUGAUGCCUUGCAUCGAGAAGGAAUUGUGUGCCGUGAUUUGAACCCAAACAACAUCUUAUUGAAUGAUCGAGGACACAUUCAGCUAACGUAUUUUAGCAGGUGGAGUGAGGUUGAAGAUUCCUGUGACAACGAUGCCAUAGAGAGAAUGUACUGUGCCCCAGAAGUUGGUGUUGUCUUUGAAGAAACGGAGGCCUGCGAUUGGUGGAGUCUGGGUGCUUUGCUCUUUGAACUUCUGACGGGGAAGACUCUGCUGGAGUGCCACCCAGCAGGAAUAAAUACCCACACCUGUCUGAACGUGCCAGAUCACAUCUCAGAAGAGGCAAGAUCACUCCUUCAACAGCUUUUGCAGUUCAAUGCUGUGGAGCGUCUUGGUGCUGGAAUCGCCGGAGUUGAAGACAUAAAAUCCCACCCCUUUUUUGCCCCCAUCGACUGGACGGAAUUAACAAAGUGAAAAGGUGCGACGAGUCCACUGCCCAUGUUUACAGAUACCCUUUUUUGGCUGGCUGCCAUCAUAAAGGUUCUCGGAUCUCUUGGGCAAGGAUGAAUAAAGUUGGAGACUGGAAAGGCAUCAAAGAGAGAACAGUUUCAGCCAGAAUUGAGGGCUAGGCCAAACUAAGGUGUGGUGUACAUUGAUGGGCACUGUAUUUAGUAGUCCUUUCUGUCCAGGAUGAGAUGUGAUGCUGAUCACGCCCCACUCUCUGUCUUUGUUCUGUUUUGGAAACACAAUGCUGUACAUUUCCUCACCCCACUUUCCAUGUUUUUGGAAGCCGUUUGGGAUUGGGGUGGAGAAUGCAUGGGAACGGGGAGCUCAACACAGAACUGGAAGUUUUUGGUGGCUACCAGUGUUUGUGAUCCCAUCUGGUUUGGGCACUUGGGAAUUAUGUAUAAUGGAAUGCACUUUUUGUGUUUCUCUUGUAAGUCAUGACGGAAGUGCGGCACUCCUGUUGCACAUGCCAAGCUCCUCUUGCAUAUGCCAGCUGGAAAUAGCCCCCCUCCCCCUCUUUUUAUAGUGUCAAUGUACUCCUUCCCUAAGCUAGACACAGCUGAGGUUGGGGAAUGGGGAGAAGAAUAACUUAUUAAUAACAUAUGCUAAAUAAAAUGCUAUGGUGUUUCUGCAAAA